AUGGCUCGUGAAAGUAGUUUAAUAACAAUUAUUGGUGAGGAUGGAUAUGCUAGAAUUCGUCAGACCAAGUGUUUGUUGGUUGGUGCUGGGGGUAUUGGAUCCGAAUUACUUAAAGAUUUGAUCCUAAUGGAGUUUGGUGAGAUCCAUAUUGUCGAUUUAGAUACAAUUGAUUUGUCCAAUUUGAAUAGACAAUUCCUAUUUAGACAACGUGACAUUAAACAACCUAAAUCCACUACUGCAGUGAAAGCAGUCCAAAGCUUUAGUAACUCCAAGUUGGUGCCAUAUCAAGGUAAUAUAAUGGAUACAACUCAGUUCCCACUACAUUGGUUUAAGCAAUUUAAUAUAAUAUUUAACGCCCUAGAUAACUUGGCAGCUAGAAGGUAUGUGAACAAGAUCUCUCAAUUUCUUUCUUUGCCAUUGUUAGAAAGUGGGACUGCUGGUUUUGACGGGUAUAUCCAACCUAUCUUUCCUCAAAAAACAGAGUGCUUUGAUUGUACAAAGAAGGAGACACCAAAGACUUUUCCAGUGUGUACAAUUCGUUCCACUCCAUCUCAACCUAUUCACUGUAUUGUUUGGGCAAAAAAUUUCCUUUUCAAUCAAUUAUUUACGGAUGAAGAUAAUAAGAGUGAUGAUGAGGAAAAUAAAGAAUGGGGCACUACCGAUGAAACAGAAAUAAAGAGAAUCAAACAAGAGACAAAUGAGUUAAAAAGUUUACAAAAAAUUAUUUUAGAUAAAGAUUUUGACCGUAUUCCAUAUAUUUUACAGAAAUUGUUCAUUGAUGAUAUUGCUAAACUUCUACUAAUAGAAAAUCUAUGGAAAAAUAGAGUUAAACCCUUAUUGCUAGAUGAAUCAAUUAUUAAAAAUAAUUGUCAUGAUGCCAAAGAAAAAAUAUCAUCGAAUAAAGUAUGGGAUAUCAAUUAUAUUAUCCAAAAUUUUGUUGCUGCAACUAAAAAAUUGUCACAAAGAAUGGAAAGGGAGGGAAGCCAUAUUGAAUUUGAUAAGGAUGAUGAAGACACCUUGAUGUUUGUAGCUAUGGCUGCUAACAUUAGAGCAUAUAUAUUCCACAUUCCUAUGAAAUCUGUUUUUGACAUUAAACAAAUUGCUGGGAAUAUUAUACCUGCUAUAGCCACUACUAAUGCCAUUAUUGCUGGUUUAUCAGCAAUUACCUCCUUACGUGUGUUAAAUUUAUUGGAUAAAUUUGCAUCAUUAAAUGAUGUCACUAAAUUAAAUAUGGCUUUUACUGCAAUGGCAAGUAAUAUGACUACAAAUAGAUACCUAUCUAACCCUCAAGUUGCCCCCCCAAAUUGUAAAUGCCCAGUCUGUGUUCAAGUUGUUCGUGGGGUUGUACAAACAUCUGAAAAAUUGAAUGCAUCCACUACCUUAAAAGAUCUAAUUAGUUUAUUGAAAACUAAAUACGGCUACCAAGAAAAUGAUGAUGUUUCAAUUUUGGAUAUUAAGGAUCAAAGGUUAUUGUUUGAUUUUGAUUUUGAUGAUUUAAACGAUCAAACUUUGGAAGAUUUGAAAUUUAUCAAUGGAACUAUCAUUUUGUUAAGUGAUGAUAGUGAUAAUGACUUGAUAAAAAAACCAGUUGAAUUAUAUUUUAAUAUAAAUAAUAAUGUUGAUAAGAUUGUUUUACCAGAUUUACAUAUUCCUGUAAUUGAACAGAAAAUACCACAAGACAAUAAUGAGGAAAAUGAAGUUUUAACUGUCGCUGAGAAUGGUGAAAUUGAUCAAGACGUAUACAUUAUAGAUGGUGACGAAAGUGUGUCAACUGUAGAUAAUAAUGACAAGAAAAGGCCUCGUGAGAAAGAAGAUUUAGAAGAAAUUAUUCAAAUUGCGAAAGCUCCUAAAACAAGUUAG